UUCCUUUUCAGCCGGUGUAUCAGCUCUGCUGCCUCGUAGGUUGAAAAACCACCAUAUCCUGCCGGAAGAGACCGCACACACAUCCUGCCACCUGUGUACAUCCGCACAUACCAUCCACAUGUUCAUCUUUGCCUGACCACAAUGCCACGGCCAGGGAAGUUCAAGAUAAAGAUGAGAAAGUCGGCACGUUAUGGCCACAAGGCUGUUUGUACCAAAGCAAAGAGAACAGCACCCAUGCUCCAGAAAAUCAAAUCAAAUAUCAGUUUAACCCUUAAAUUAAACAAACCAACACAUAUCAGCACGUUUACUAACAAAAAAACACAACAAAUCUUUUUUGAAAAUCUUUUUCAAAAAAUCUUAUUUGAAAAUCUUUUUCCUAAAUCUUUUGUAAAUGACAGUAAAUUUGAAUUCAGCAUAUCCACCCAUAAACCCCUUCAGGUUCUUAGUGCACCCAAAAUAAAAAACAGUCGCUUCCUCAAAAGAAAAGACUCGUUUCCAAACGGUUUUCCCAGAAUUAAAAAACCAAAAAGAAAUCAUUCAGACUCUCUCAUUCAUGUUCAUAGAAAGAUUCCCAACAUGUCCGGAUAUCAGAUUAUCUUUUUACCCAAAGUUGAAACUAGCAAUACUUCUAUUUUUUCAGAAGUACUGACAGCAGCUGAAGUGGAACGUUUAAAUUUGCACCACAAUAAAACCAACACCUCUAAUUUGGUGGAUCUGUUUGAGAAACGGUGUGAACUGAUUCGAUUCGGCCUCAGAAAGAAAAAGAAAGGGGAGAAAUAUCAUCAAAUCAUAGAACUGCAGAAAGAGGCAGAAAAAAUUCCAAUUGUUUAUCCAAACAGAUUUUUCCCAUUCCUCAAAGAUUACCUACGGAAGCAUAAACAAAAGCAAUAUGCAUUUGCCAUUUUUAUCAUGAAACACAGUAAGAACAUCAUUGUUUCUGCAGAAUUUGAGCCAGAUUAUGAAAAUGACAAACACAGUGAGCCACUUUUAUGUGAAGAAAUUGAAAAUUUUUUUCACGUUUGUGGAAUUUUAGUGGAGAGUAUUCUAGUUUAUACAUUCAACAGUCCGUGUUUGGAUUGUGCUUCUCUGCUUCUAAAGAAAGCAUCUUACUGGCACAGUAAAUAUGGAUUUUCAACAACUGUAACCUUCACAAAAUUUUAUGGAUUAAGCUCUAAAGAGUCUUUUCAAAGUAUCACCCACUCGUCUCCUGAUAUGUUUGGUCCGUGUGGUGUGUUUUAUGAAGCUAGGAGAGGAUGUGAGCGUGAGCUCUUCACACUGGACACUUUUGUAGCAAAAAAACAUAUCUACCAAAAUAUCAGGAAACUUCCUGAAAGCAAAGAAAGAGCUGGUUGUCGUAAGAUCAUCGAAUUCCGUGUGGCUGAACUUCAAAAACUGGCAAAAAAUUCUGUUUGUCCGCUUCAAGAACAUUUGCGUCGUGGCAAAAAGACAAUUGAUUCUUUCAAAUUUCCUCCAACCAUCCAAAAAGAAUGUGUCGAGUGUCUUUUAGAGGCCUGGUGUGACCUGGUUUACAGCAGUGCAAUGAAGAUCAUUAGAAACAACAUAACCAAGAAUUUCAAUGUUGCAGUUGUUGAAGUUCUUAAUCACAAGCUUAAAUCCAUCUGUGGGACCAACGGACCCUUAAAGCUUUAUCAGACCCCCCCCCCAAUCUGUAAAGCAGCAGCACUAUUCAAAAUUAUGAUCAAAUGUACAGUAGCAGCCAAAAGUUAUAAAAAAAAAAAAAAAAAAAAAAAAAAAAAAAAAAGGCGCCUGGGUGGCUUAGUGGUGAAGCCGGCGACCACAUACAUAUACCACGUUGCGGUGCAGGCGGUGUGGGUUCGCGUCCCAACCCAUCGUGUGUCUUCCCCGAAUCUUUCCCCCAUUUCCUGUCUCUCUGCACUGUCAAUAAAAAGCCUCUAUGGCAAAAAAAAAAUUACUAUACAUUAAUUAUUUUUUUUUAAAACCUUUAAUUUACCAGGUAAACUGUUUGAGAACUAGUUCUCAUUUAGAAACAUGACCUGGCAUGUUAAAUUUUAAAGAAAUUUAAAUUAUAUAUAUUAAGCUAAAUUAUAUACCAUAAGAUAUAUAAUUUAAUUAAUAUUUAUAGAGAGCGACAGCUGCAGGUUGCAGCUCGUUUGCUGUCAGGUAGUCAGUAAUCUCUGAGAGCAUGCAGCUGUUCCAGCUGUUCCAGCCUGGUGACUGCAGCGUGCCGAGCGGAUGGUGUGGAUCCGGAGCAGCGAUCACUGAUUCCUCCGAGUCCGAGGCUUCAGUGGAGAUUCCUGCGAGGCAGCAGAGCUGAUCACUGACAGGCCGCUCACACCACAGUGAGUUGCAGGGCUCUGCAGCUCCACGAGCUGCUGCUGAGGUCCAGUCAACGCACCUGUUCUCCACCUGCUCGCUGACCCGUUCCCAAAGACCGGAUUGUUGGGCACCAGCAGGAGUAGAUCACAUAUUUACUCCUACCUGGUGUGUGUGCUGGACUGGACCCUCUGGCGCCGAGCCCACCUUUACUUACAAUAAAAACCAUUAAAACUC